AUGGGCUCCGUUGUCCUACCCCAUCUGGUCACAGGCUGGCAUGUUGACCAAGCUAUCUUGUCGGAAGAAGAACGUCUGGUGGUUAUACGCUUCGGACGCGAUUGGGACGCCGACUGUAUGCGCCAGGAUGAAGUACUCUACAGGAUCGCCGACCGUGUCAAGAACUUCGCAGUGCUCUAUGUCUGCGAUUUAGAUCAAGUUCCAGACUUUAAGCAGAUGUACGAGCUCUACGAUCCAGUGACACUCAUGUUCUUCUUCCGCAACAAGCACAUGAUGUGCGAUUUUGGGACAGGAAACAACAACAAGCUGAACUGGGUGCUGGAGGAUAAGCAAGAAUUGAUUGAUAUCAUUGAGACGAUUUACCGAGGAGCCAAGAAAGGGAGAGGUCUGGUCGUCAGUCCAAAAGACUAUUCGACGAGAUAUCGCUACUAG